AUGAUGCCGUACGACCUGAAGGUGGAUCCCGGGCUGCACCUCAGCUCUAAGCAGAUGCGGGAUUGGGCCACGGACCUGUCCGCUGCCGAGGGGCUACACACGGGCCUCCUCAUCACCAUGCAUCACCGCAACCUCGUGGCCAGCAGGGAAAGGUGGACCCGCAUGUUCAAGCACUACCGCGAGCUGACCCAGCUCGGAUCGACCACCACCAACGAGAUUGCAUGGGCCGCGGUAGUGGGCACGGAGGCUGCAGCAGAAGAGACGGAGCUCUACCGCGAUGUGGAUCCGAGGGAUUACGCGGGAGCGAUCGCGUGCGCGAUCGCACUGGUGUGGGAGGUGACGCGCGGUUCGGCGGUCUCGACCGCGUCGGAUUCUGGCAAUUUGGCCGCGCGAGCGGUUAACUGCCAGAGGGAUCGAUGCCGUCUGUUCCCCGUUGUAACCGCGUACGUCAUCAGGGCUGUACGGCGGCGCAAUUCUCGCGAGAAGCAAGCUGGUGACGACGAGCCGAAGGUAGUCGCGGAUCCGAGGGUGGUCGCGGACGCGAUUGCAUCUGAAGUCGUGAACGACGUCGUCGCCAAGUCUCGCGACCUCAGGCACAUUGAGAUGGCUGCUCGCGAAACGGUGGACGUUAUCAUCACCUGGUGCGACUGCUCGGUUGCGUGGAAGGUCAUGGAGUCCAUUGGGCUUUACCUUGCCCUGCCCAAGGAUCGUCUUAAGAAGCGGACUUGA